AUGGCGGGGAAAGUGGACAAGACAAAGAAGCUGGAGCCUGUGCCCAAGCCUGAUGAGAAGCUCUACAGGGACCGCAUCCAAGCCGAGACAGCGGCCAUUGAUGAAUUGAAGACAAAAAUCAGUGAGCUCCAGCAGAAGAUAUCUGCAGUCAUUGGCGGCCGGGAGGAAUACAACAUGGAAAAGCAAAACCGGCAAGCCCGCCUUGACGCUCUACAGAAGGAAAUCGACCAGCUAGAGGAAAAGCGAAAGGUCUUAUUUGAAAAGAUUCAAUUGAAACAGAAGGAGGGCAAUGAUUUGAAACAAUCAGCAACGGAUCUGCGGCGUAAAAUUGGCUUCUCUUCGUUGGAAGACAUUGACCAAAAGGUUGCUGCGUUAGAGCAUAAAAUGAUGACAUCAACAAUUUCUCUCAAGGAAGAGAAACAACUUCUGGAAGAAAUCAAGCGGUUGAAGAACAGCAAGCCUCUGCUGACGAAGUAUCAAGCCCUGGAACAGAGUGCAAGUAGUUUGGAAGACUCUUCCGUGGUUCCCUUGAGACAAAUGCUCGAUGAAGUCCGCACUAAGCUUCUAGAGCUCCGCACUCAGAAGCGGGAGGAGAGCCAAAAGUACAAAGAGCUUCUGGAGAAGAGGCAGAAAGCAACUGCGCCUGGCCGUGAAAUGAUAGAAGAACGGGACCGCCUAUCUGCAGAGAUGAGCAAACACUUUGCAAAUAGACGCGAGAUUCAAGCUGAAUUGACCCGCGAGAUGCAAAAGCAUCAAGCGUACAUGCAGCAAGUGAAGCGCGAAAGGGGACUGAAGAUGCGGGAGGAACGGGAGAGGCGCAACUUGGAGAACGAGCGUUAUCAACUUACACGGGAUUUGGAACGCGUAGAGUCCGAGCUGCCCUACGAGGCAGAGUGCUUGCUUCUCUCCCAGACCAUCCAGUACUUGCAGAAGAUAAUCGAGGAGCCGGCGGCCAAUGGCGUUGAAAAGGAACAGGCAGAACCGGCGGUGGAUGAAAAUCUUGCGGGUGCCCUUCUGCCGAAGAGCCAGCGCAAGGAGGUCUAUUUCUACGCCCCUAAGACGAAGGGUAAACACGGGAAGGACCAUGAGAAGAAGAAGGAGAAACCCAAGACGCUGAAAUAUGAUGUUGGCACCUUAGCCUACUUCGAACAAUGUGGCCUAACGGCGCCAGUUUUGAUUGAAGAUGUACCUGCCUGCCUGGAUAAACUAGAGGCGAAGCUGCAGAACUACAAGAACUUGCAGCGUGAGAGUGCUCAAAAGGUUGAUGAGCGCAAGGCGGAAAUCAUGGCGAAAAUCCAAACAGUGAAUGAUAAGAUUGCGAAUCUCAUUAGGAAGGGGGAGAAGUUGCAGGAUGAUCGAGACGGUGAAACUGCGGAAGACGGGUCCCCCACUGCGGAGGAAGCAGAUGACGAAUGA